AUGCGAUCUCGGGAUACGGACUUCCGGACGACCGGCGGAUACUUCCUCACCGUCGCGGGUGAUAAGGUCAGCGACGCUUUUAAAAGCCACCGGAUCGCAACUGCCGUCUCGACGCGGAUUUCACCGGUGAGACCUGGGCGAAGACUCGCGAGAAUCGCCAUACGUGAUGCCGUGUGUCGAAAUGGGGACCUCGAAGCGGCAUCGCUUGUGGGUGGCGUCGGGGACGAGUUGGCGACAUCUCGCCGGUCCACCGUUCCGAUCGUUCCAUCCGCCGUCUUGCCGGCGUUAUCGCGGGUGGCGUCCACGGGACCGUCCUUGGGCCUUCGAGACCCCAGCAUCUGCGGGAAGCUGGGGGAAGCCCUGGUCAAGAGACAGAAGAAUUUCUGCCUUCAUUACCCGAACUUCAUGGAGAGCGUGAUCUUCGGGGCGAUCGCUGCCAUCGACGAGUGUCAGUUCCAGUUCCGCAGCCGUCGAUGGAAUUGCUCCACCUUGGAAGACUCGGCACUCAUGGCGGGAGUGGAUCCCGAAGACAUCCUCGAACGAGAUGCCGAUUCUUCGUCCGCUUCCACGUCGGUCCACGUGCUAAACGGUAAGCGUCGAAGUCGAGAAUCCGUCUUCGAAGGAAUCUUGCCGAUCGGUUUCUUCCCGUCUCCGUCUGUCGCGAAGAAAGCCAUUCGUCGCGUCUCUCGUCUGUAUCACCGUCGCGAAUACCGCGUCGAGAGAGGAGAUUCCGACGACGAAAGACGAAACGAUCCUACGAUCCCAACGACCUCGCGUGUCAUCCGCAUCCGUGACUCCGAGCGAGAGUAG